AUGACUGAGAGUUCGACAAUAAUGUUGUCUGACUGGGAGUACCUCAUAGAAAUUUACAUCGGUACACCGCCGGUCAAGCAAUUGGCGAUCGCUGAUACCGCCAGCGAAAUUACCUGGACUCAAUGCCAACCAUGUUUAAGUUGUUGCAAGCAAAUUCAACCCAUAUUUAAUCCAAUGAAGUCAUCAUCCUAUAAGGUAAUGUCAUGUCGUUCAAGUGACUGUCAAAGUAAGAGACGAGAUCCAAAUAUAAAUGUUAAAUGUAACCGUAUGUUUAUUAAUAGCAAAUGUCAUUAUGGUAUAACCUACAAUGAUGGUUCCACCAGAAAUGGGGUACUAGGCUAUGAAAUGUAUAAAUUGGGGAGUCGUUCGAUCUUGAAAAUGGCUUAUGGGUGCGCGUAUGACAACCGAGGUGAAUUUCAUGAGACCUCGGCUGGCAUAGUUGGGCUCGGAAGUGGGAAUCUCUCUUUCAUUGGCCAGAUUCGCAAAUUGAUUGGUGGGAAAUUCUCAUAUUGCCUAGUGGAUCGGUCGAAACAAAAUGCUAAAAGCAAAAUCAACUUCGGUUCUAACGCAAUCGUGUCUGGACCCGGAGUGGUAUCCACUCCAUUGGUCACAAAGAGUCCUAGGGAGUGGUAUCAUGUCACGUUGGAAGGGGUCAGCGUAAGAAAUACUAGAAUUCCAUUCAAUAUUGGAGUAGCUAAAUACAUGAAGGAUGUUGUUAAGGAGGGUAAUAUCGUGAUAGACUCGGGAACCACGAUGACUCAUUUACCGACAGAUAUGUACCAAAAACUUGAGAAUACGCUGAGAGGCGCGAUUAAAGCCAUACCAGUCGAAGAUCCAACUGGGGAAUUAAGCCUUUGUUAUAAGAACGUCAACAACUUUAGAAUUCCGACAAUCAUUUUCCAUUUCGCGAGAGGUGCUGAUGUGGCGUUGGAGACGAAUAAUACUAUUGCUCCAUACUCGGGUCUGUUGUGUCUAGCCAUAAUCCCAUCUGAUGAUCUAGCCAUAUAUGGGAACUUGUCCCAAAUGAACCGGUCUUAA